UGCACCGAACACAUGUAUAAAACAUUUCUUUAAAAUAUUUACAAUAACAAAAUAUUUAGUAAGAGAAGCAAUAGAUCUGUUAUCCAUCUUUUAAAGAAGAAAGGGUACACAAUUGCAAUAGCAGGUGGAUUAAUUCUGCUUUCAAAAAUGAAUAGUUUGGAAGAUUCUCUGAAUUGUAAAGAGAUUCCUCCUGUUGUCUGUGCAUCAAUGGAGCGAGGUGUUGCUGCAGCAGUAGCAAAUUCAACUGCUUUAACAGAAGAGGGGCUUGUCACUCCAAAUCAUGAAUGUGCACUUGUUGUGGAUGAACAUCAUGAUUAUUUGUAUGCGGUGGAGUUACAAAAAAAGUCUGGAGAGGAGGUCGAGUGGACGUACUCGAAAGACACCUGCAUCAUAUACAUCUCCAUCCCCUCGGCAGGCAAAGAUAUCUCGUGAACUGUUUCCUUCCCCUAGAGGGAAAUGAAUAGAAUAGGGUCCUAUGUUGUAUGCCUAUAUGGCAAUUUUGAACAUAUGUUUUGUAUUACGAAUAUGUGACAUUCUAUCUCCAUAUGGCUUUUGGCAAGCUCCUAGUUGACUUUGUUGGAUACCAUGUUGUAUGCCUAUAUGGCAAAUUUGAACAUAUGUUUUGUAUUACGAAUAUGUGACAUUCUAUGUCCAUAUGGCUUUUGGCAAGCCCCUAUUUGACUUUAUUGGAUAUCAUGUUG